AUAUAUUUUUUCAGAAACGUUAAGUUUCUAUCAAUUUUGCGGAAAACGGCAAUAUUAUUUCGAACGUUUCUGUUCUCUGUGUCUGCCCGAAAAUGUAUUUCAGACUGAAGAUGUGGAAAAUAACUGAUGCUAUGCUUCAUCCAAUUAGAAUCUAACACUGACGUCUAAUUAAAUAAAGUUACAAGAAUUAGGAAGCCCAAUGACAUAUUGAAAAAACUAAUUAUUAAUGAACAAACCUAAAGUCGAGCCUCUUAUUGGCUUUAUCCUUCGUUGUCCUAAUAUACUCUAUCCUCUCAUCAACUGUCAGUUCACUCCAUUUCUUCUCUUUGUAGCGAUUUCUCAAGUGAUAGUAAAGCUUUGUAGCAGGGAACAGAAGUAUAUUGACGCAUAGGACACCUAUCAGUCCACUGUUCGCCUUGGUGUAGUUGACAUCAUCCUUCUGAUAAACGUUGGAGCCGGCGAUUGCAGAAACCUGAACGAACAUGUUGAAAAGUGAUGCACUGACGGUUCUAUUGGAAACAUCACCUGAAUUAGCAGAACACCAGCUAAUCAUGAUAGGUUGAACAUUCGGAUAUCCCAGUAGUACUGUUGAGAUUGCGAAAUAGGACCAUGGGCCGGGUGAUUUCAAUACCAGUAAUGCGACAAAGCAAGGGAGCAUCCAAAUCUGCUGAAUUGUACUGAUGAAACCUCUGUCAUCAACCAGCUCAGAGAGACAAGCAGCUGCAACAACUGUGAUGAUAGAGACUGCAAUGUACGGUAUUGUGAGUAAGUUGGACAUGACGGUAGAAAAGCCGAGUGAUUUGAAACUCUGUUGGAGAUAAUUUUUGACGGGAUAAGAAGGAAGGUUGAAAGUGAAUCCUAGCAGCAGAAGCGGAAAUUGGUCCCAGUCCAGUAGAGACUUUAAAAGCAUACGUGGUGUUAGAAGCUGCCUGUUGUGCAUACUAGCCUUCCCUGGAUCGUCGCGAAGUAUUUUAUUCGUGAUAAUUUUCUCUUCUUUUUCAUUGAAAAUUUUGGUUUGAGUUGGUCCGGCUGGGAGGUAGAAAAACGCCGCUAUACCAAUAACCAAGGUUAUCAGAGCUUCGAUGAGGUACAUCCAUCUCCAACCUUCGUAACCCAAGAUGCCUCUCAUUUCCAGCAAACCAACGCUCAAAAAGGCCGUAACUAAGUCUGCUAUCGGGUUAAUUGUGUAAAAUAAUGCUAUCCUAAUAGGAAGUUCCGUCUUUGUGUAAUAAUAUGAGAGGUAUAAUAUUGUGUCUGGAAUAAAGCCGCCUUGGAAGAAAGCUAUCAAAAAACGCGUCGCGAAGAACGACGUUCUACCUCUUAGCCAAAAUUGCGCACCACUGAUGAUUGAGAAUAUAACAAUCUGGGUUGGUAUCCAGCGGUCAGGACCAACUCUUUUGCUGACUAAUUGCGAAGGUAACUCCGCUACCAAGAAACCAAUCUUCGACAACGUUUGUCCUAAGUUAUAAUCUGACUGUGAUAGACCCAGAUCGUCCAGAAAAUUGUCCGCCGUUGCAUUAGUAAUGUUCGAGCGGUCGAUAUCAAGAGCAAAGAAUAAAAGCAUACACCAUGGAAGAAUCCUGAAAUCCGCUUUUCUCGUUACCUUCGUUUGCUCACCCCAUGUCCAUCUGAAAAGUGGAUCAAAGCGAUGUUUAUUCUCGUACUCCGGAGAUGGUUCGAAGUAUUUUGCGUCUGCGGUGUCAAAGACACUCGGUUGUGUUGCGAUGUUAUUUGGGUCGGUUUUAUCUUUCUUUCGCUGAAACAAGGACAAAAUACCGGUUCUCUGAACAGGAUCCCUUGAAAGUGGAGGAACAUCCUCGAGCUUGUCGUCUAAACUCUUUUUGUCGGUAUCCGAUUCUGGGUCAUAGGCUACAGUGUGUACCACGCUAUCCUGAACAAAGUCGUUUGCCAUUAAGGGUGUUGAUUCUGUGGCCAUGGCUGUUAUAUGUUAUCUGCAUCACGUCAUUCCAUCGAAACUUGUCCUAAUCACUCGCACUAUUUUCAAUAUGACGAAUCUUUUGAUGUAAUAGUAUUAAAAAAACUCAGGCACUCUUAAAUAAAAUGCCUGUGGUACCCUUAAAUACUGAAUAAAGGGGCUAGACGUAGAUUAUAUAUUCCAACAAUUGAUAAGACGCUAAACUGCCUGAAAAUCGAUCACCAAUCUAAGCCUAACGUUAUGAAUUAGUGAGAUAUCAGAUAUAUUGUUAACAGGAACGAAUUAGUGAUGGCGUCGAUCCCGGUGGUGGAUUACGACGGCCUUCUGGGUAAUACAUUUAUCACAAUUGAAUGCCGUAUGAUGUGUAGCAAAUAUUGAAUAUUAAAUGUUUUCUAUCGGCCAUAGAAGCUCCAUGAAUACUAUACAUUCCAUAUAAGGUUAAUAAUGUGAUCAUAGAAGGUUAAAGUCGUAUUUGAAGAAAUCGGUCAAGCCUCCUAACAAAAUUCCAUGAAGUAAUCUAUGCAAAGGAAAUCGUUGAAAAGGUUUCUAGUGUUGGUAUUACCGCCAGUGCUCUCAUCCUUCAUAUGCUGUCUUUUUAUCGUCAUAAAACCGAUAUCACGAUUCGCCGGCGACCAAUUCUCCUUUCUAUUAUUUACGCUAUUUAACCUCUUCUUCUAUCCUAAUGGCUCAAUCGGUUCGCAGAUUGAACUAACAGUACUCGGACUUAUAUUUGGUGUUAUAGGCCUUGGCAUAUCAAAUCUUAGCAUUUAUUUCACUAUCUUAGUUAACAGGGAGACGAUUGAUCACACAUUCGCUAGAACGAUACCUUGCGUAACACUCACUCUAGUUGCAUUUGUUGCAGCCUACGCACGAUCUAAAUUACCUAGGCUUAUGGUAGCUAGUCGUACUAUACAAUUUGUAUCAGCAUGGAGUCUCACGUCAAAUCUACGGGCAAUCACGAUGUCGCCACGCACCUUCUUGGAUCUCUGGUGGCCGCUACUCUGGGGUUCUCUCAUCCCCUUACUCGUGUCCAUGAUUUGUUUUCCAGUAAGCGCCCGUCAGCAAUUUUCAAAAGAAGUUAUACAAGCAUUGCAAGACGCAGAAGAUACACAAGCAGCUUCUUAUCGAGUUCUCUUUUCCACAAACGAAAUUGACACGCCAUUAGCCAAUCUGACCAGAUUACGCACUCAAUUCUUCAAGAAUGCAAGGCGUUUACCCGCACUUCUAGAUGAAUGUCUAUUCGAAUUUAGUUAUGAUUAUGUCGGAGUAGACAACAUCGCACCAUUCGUCGGGAUAGUAAAUAGUUUAAGAGUUUCAUUAGCCAAUGGAUCCAACGACCUUAUAGAUACAUCUAUGUAUAAUAAGGAUAACUCCAAUAAAGAUAUUCUAGGAUUAAGUGACGACGCCGACGAUGAUUUGGCUUGUGUGGAGGAUCUGAAAAACUUGAUAACAAUUAUGCAUCAAGCCAUACUGAACUCUCUUUCACUGGUCAGAAGGGUACUACGUACAGCACUCAUUGUUAAGGACUUUUCGGAGGUGGGGGUCGAUGAUAUAGAUCUCCAAAAACAAUUACUGACACAAGCGGUAACGAAUUGUCGUAGUGAAAUGCACAAUAUACUCGUCAAAAACCUUGCAAACAACCCAUCUGACUGUAGCAGUUUAUUUAAAAAGCAUCUCUGUAUGCUUUCCUAUUAUUCUGUCACACUUUUCAAAAUAGCAGCAGAUCUCGUAUUUGCUUUGACUUGCGUAUCUGAUGUACUCAGCAGCAGAUUAAAAAACCAUCGCAAAAUACACUAUCCACGUAACUUCUGGAGUUGGUUGAAAGCACCUUCAACAACAAUAAAUGACUUUGGUAUGAAGCCUGAUGGAAAUGAUGACUUUUUAUCAGUUGAGCAAAAAGAAGAAAAUAGACACAAGCAUACGUUCGAAGAGGAGAUGCAACUGCAAGCAUAUGCUGCCUAUGCUAUACGUCGAUCACGCCUCAAGCAGUCUGGAUUCAGUAUAAAAUACUGGUUUUUGAAUAUCUGGGACGCUCCUAAAGUUUUAAAAUCCAGGUUAGCUGUUGCAAGAUCAUUUCGCUCUUUGAGAAGCUCACGACAUAUCAAAUUCGCCUUAAAGAAUGCAGCUGGUGUCGCAGUGUUAUCUAUACCUUGUUUCUUACCCUACAAGUCACCAGGUCAGUUGUGGUUCUUUGAGAAUAAAGGUGUUUGGAUGGUAAUCUCAUACUUUUAUGUCCUUGAACCGUCUACUGGUGCGACAUAUAGAGUCGGACUGUGGAGAUUGACAGGAACGAUCUUAGGUGCUGUAUAUGGAUUUAUCGUUAAUAUGAUUACUAAAGGUAGUUCAAUUGGUAUCACGGCUAUGGUUACAGCAGCUUCUGUGUUAAUAGCAUGGCUUGUACGCAUGAGCAGUGUACCAGGUGUUGGUACGGUAUUUGCUGUUACAUUUCCUCCGAUUAUAUUUCCAGUGUACCUUGAUACGGCAUCGUUUGCAUCAUUCACUAUUGCACUAACACGUGGAUAUAUGAUCGCAAUUGGUAUCAUUGCAGCUAUCCUGGUUAAUCUCCUUUGGUGGCCAUUUCACGCUAGAGUUAACUUUACGCUUCAAGUAUCAAAGGCCAUAUCUGAGAUAACGAAGUUGUAUCUUAUCUUGUCGAGACAGACGCUAGGUGUAACUACACUAGCGGCAAGUCGAACACAGUUCAACAUAACAGAGAAAAAUGUACAAGCUGCCUUAAAUGCUUGUGAUACACUUCUUGAGCCAUUAAGGCUCGAAUUAUCUAUUAUACCCAAACCGGUUACCCUUUAUCGGAAGAUGAUCUCCUCACUUCAACGAACACAUGAUUUACUGGUUUCAUUGAGAUACGUGAGAGAAAGAAUCCAGAAAGAGACUGUGAUUGAGAUCAAAGAUCAGCGAUUGAACUUUAUAAACGCAUUAGUUCUCGUCUUUUACGCGUCUAUGCAUGCAUUCAGAUCAUCUACGCCGCUACCACAAUUUCUACCAAGCUUAUACACAGCAUUGAAUGAUAUGCUUUCUGCAAUUGAUAAUAAAUUAAUUGAGAUUCUAUCUAGUGAUGAGAUGGUUUUGAGGAGGCAACUUUCCAGUUAUAGAUUGCAUUAUGCAUUAUCAGAAGCUGAAAUUCUGCUCGGAUUGGUUACUUCAAUGGAGGAGAUGCUUAGCAUAGCUAAAUCUCUUUUUGGUCAGACUAGUAUAUUCGAUGAAUUACCUAGUGACGAGAAAGGAGAUACGGAAAAUCUUGACUCACUUCCUUUACAUACUUUAGGACACACAGGCUGGUCGUCUGGACCAACAUCACCAACAAUGCAAAUAAUGACAUCUCCUGCGAAGAAGCUUAGCUUAAAGCAUAGGGAAAACGAUGUUGUUGAAAAAUACAGCAAAGAAUACCCAGGGAAUGCGUAUAUACUAAACUAUAGCCCACCCGGUGCGUCAGGAUCUCCACCACUUAGUAAAGAUACUUCUAUGUUGUCAAUUUCUGAGCUCGCGAAUAAGGAGAGUAAGGACGGUAAUGAUAACAAGGACAACAAGGGACAUGACAAACUCCCCCCACGCACGCAUAGUAAACGUAGUAACAGAAAUAUAGAGGGAAUACCAUUAGCAAGAGAUCUAUUUCAGCAGGCAUCAUCAUCGACAAGCUCAUCACCGGUUGACCAACAGAAUUACAGAAGCCGACAGUCAUCACUGACAUCAGCAAGAACGUCACCUAUCGAAAAUACAAACCAUUAUAGAACGAGAACGCGUAGGAAAGAUAGUGAUUCCAGCAAUAGUAGUAAUACACGUAUACGAUAAUUAUGAUAAAUUUUAGUAUGAAAUUAA